AUGAAGUGUGUGAGCCACCAGCAGGCCAGCCAGCUGCUCCACAACAAGUUUGUUGUGGUGCUGGGAGACUCCAUUCAGCGCUCAGUGUAUAAGGACCUUGUUUUGCUGUUGCAGAAGGAGAAAUAUCUCACAUCAAAACAACUUAAGAGCAAGGGUGAGAUGAGCUUUGAACAGGACCUCCUGGUGGAAGGGGGCUGUCUUGGCACACUGCACAACGGUACAGAGUACCAGGAGGUUCGACAGUUUCAAUCCGCCCACCACCUGGUCCGCUUCUACUUUGUGACGCGCAUCUACUCUCAAUACAUGCGGAGCAUCCUACAAGACUUUCGCCAGGGCUUGAAACCAGAUGUAGUCAUUGUCAACUCCUGCGUUUGGGAUAUUUCAAGAUACCUUUGCAAUUGGACUGAUAACUACAAGGACAACCUACAUAAGUUCUUUCUUGAGCUGAGUGAGAUUCUGCCUGAGGAGACCCUGGUUAUAUGGAACCUCACCAUGCCCUUAGGAGAGAAGAUCAAAGGAGGUUUCCUGGUGCCUGAGAUUGAGCACAAGGCUCCCCAGUUACGUCAGGACGUGAUUGAAGCCAACUUCUACAGCGGGACUCUGGCUGACUCUUACGGGAUGGAUGUGUUGGACCUCCACUUCCAGUUCCGCUUCUCCCUGCACCACCGUACCUCGGACGGGGUCCACUGGAACGCCCUUGCUCACCGCAGGAUAACUUCACUGCUUUUACAGCACAGUGCACGGGCCUGGGGUGUCAUCAUGCCCUGUCCACUGACUGCUGUUGAUCAUACUGAGGUUAUUGAUGCGCAGCCAUCUUUUAAGAACACUACCAAACCUACAGGAGUGGGUCGUGUAGCAAGCGCGAUUAAAUACCACCACACUCCUCCCUUCGACUACUUUUCCAACAUGGAGCACCGUCCAUCAAGAGGACAUGACUAUGACUACAGGGGAGAGCCCUGCCUCCCGUUUGGCGUCCACAACAGCCCACAGCCAUAUCACCAUAUGGCUUACAGACCUGCCCUCUCACCACCGCUUCACCUGCCAGCCUACAGAUGUCAAGACAGACCAGUUAGAAAUGGUUUCGACGACAGGCCUCCCUACCACUUUCAGCCAUACCACGAGCACCAUCAUAGCUAUGUGAUGAGGAGCCGUCACACCAGACACCACUAUGCUCCGUACACCCAUGACAGACCCCAUCAUGGCCACUACUAA